CGUGCUAAUUUUCGAUUGGCCUGAAGAUGAUCUCAGAGAGGUAGCUGGCACUCGUACCCUGCGCUUCGCUGUAAAUCACCAAAAUCGAAAACACAAUAAGAUAAAGUGAAAAAUAAAAUAAGAAACCCUCUCGAGGAAAAAAGGAAUAUCCCAUCAGUCCUCUACGACAAGUCGACGCAAAGCAACAACCGUAGUUCCCGAAACAAUAAAAAGAAUCUCCGAACAGGCAACACAAACUGCCGAGCCACCGCGAAACUCUCCGGUGAUCAUUUAGGAUUUGAGAAUCUAGAAAAUGGAGCAAGAAACAGGUUUGUCAAAACAGGUGGCGGUUAUAGCAUGCGCGGCCAUGACUUUCUAUUAUGUCGCGAUUCUCUAUGCUCCUACUGUUAUCUUACAGCUUCCACCUCCUUCCUCUCUCAAAGAAUUCAUGAUCCGACGGUUUAUAUGCGCCGCCAUUUCUUCAAUUGUUUCUGUUAUUUUAUGCGCUUUUAUUCUUCCUAUACCAAGUAUGGAGGCGUCUUAUCUGUUUGGUGUUUAUGGCAUCCGGUUGGACCAUAUUUGGCAAGCUGUGGUCUUUCCUCUUUCCUUGACUUCUUUAAUGUAUGCCGGAUCUUUUGCCCUCAAGUUGUUCUUAUUGGUGGAUUCAUGGAAGGAGCAUGCCAAUGGAGGCAUUUCAUUUGACUCUAUCAAUCUUCUCUUCCAAAACUUCAUCACUUGGAUGUUUUCCACUGCUUCCAAUGUUUUGGUUUGGCGUAAUUAUGUGGUGGCUCCAUUAACAGAAGAAUUGGUGUUUAGAGCAUGUAUGAUACCUCUGCUUCUAUGUGGAGGAUUGAAAAUCUCUGCUAUCAUUUUUCUCUGUCCUGUACUAUUCAGCUUGGCACAUUUGAAUCAUUGGAUGGAGAUCUAUAUCAGGCAUAACUACAGCUUGCUUAAGGCCUCCAUGGUUGUAGGUCUUCAGCUUGGCUACACUGUGGUUUUUGGUUCUUAUGCUUCUUUUCUUUAUAUUCGAACAGGACAUCUUCUAGCCCCAUUGGUCGCUCAUAUAUUUUGCAAUUUUAUGGGAUUGCCUGUGGUGCUUGCGAGGAGGACAGGUAUGCCGGGAUGGCAAGUCUGGCGUUUGUAGCUGGAGUGAUAACCUUCCUGUGGCUUCUUUUUCCAAUAACACAUCCUGAUUUGUACAAUGAUAGAACGAAUAAUUGCAGAUGUUGGCGUGGAUAUUGUUCCUGGAAUUAGACAUGCUACAAUCUUGGCAGAGGAACAGACUUCCCUGUUCAUUACAUUACUAAUUCCAUAUGCUAAAAUUUUCAGGUUGUUUACUCUGCAUUUCUGGUUACUCCUUUUGCUUCUUCGCUAGACUAGAUCGAGAUUACACAAAACUGAAAUAGGACUAGGCACUAGUGCUCUAUCUUGAACAACAUAGAAUAUACGAUCUUAUACUUGACAUGUGCCACUAUUAUUAUUAUUCUUCAGGAUCUGUUCAUGUCCCUAAUGGGCUUCCUUAACAAUUA